GGCAGAGCGCACCAUGUGCCACAAGAAGCGCGCUUUCAGGCGACGCGCUUGAACGCGGAUUGGUACGGAGCUGAGUGAGAGAGACUGGCUUCUUUCUGUUUUUUCUUCGGUUUCAUAUAAAUAUGUCUCAUUCAGAGAAAAGUAGAAAUUUUAACAUUUUCUUUAAAUGAACGCUGCCCGUUGAGGUGAAAGCAAACAAGGGUUAAAAUGAACGAAGGACUUGAAAACAACUUGACUCAACUGAAUGACAACUGGACUUUUUACAACUCCUCCUUGGAGUCUGUCAUACCCAGGAGCAACAUCACUUAUGUUGGAUUUUACCUGCACCAGCCAUCCACGGCAGCCAUCUUCAUCGUGUCCUACCUGCUGAUUUUCCUCGUGUGCAUGGUGGGAAAUGGAGUGGUGUGCUUCAUCGUGCUGAGGAGCAAAAAUAUGCGGACUGUUACCAACUUGUUCAUCCUAAACCUUGCCGUGAGUGACCUGCUGGUGGGGAUUUUCUGCAUGCCAACAACGCUUCUUGACAACAUAAUUACAGGAUGGCCUUUCGGAAGCUUGGUCUGCAAAAUGAGCGGCAUGGUUCAAGGCAUCUCUGUGUCAGCUUCUGUCUUCACGCUUGUUGCUAUUGCUGUUGACAGAUUCAGAUGCAUCGUCUACCCAUUCAAGCAAAAGCUGACCAUCUCCACAGCCACGCUGAUAAUAGUUAUCAUCUGGGUUCUGGCCAUAUCCAUCAUGUGUCCCUCUGGGGUGAUGCUACAAGUGACCAAGGAGCAAACCAUCCGGGUGUUGCUGGGAUAUGAUAACAAAACUAUUCCUUUUUAUUGGUGCAGAGAGAACUGGCCAAACCAAGACAUGAGAAAGAUUUACACCACAGUCCUGUUUGCCAACAUCUAUCUUGCCCCUCUCUCCCUCAUUGUGAUCAUGUAUGCCCGGAUUGGGAUUACGCUUUUCAAAACAGCAGUUCCAACGGGAGGAAAGCCGGGCCACGAGAACCGCCACACGGUGUCCAAGAAAAAGCAGCGCGUCAUUAAAAUGCUUCUGAUAGUUGCUUUGCUCUUCAUCCUGUCAUGGCUGCCUCUGUGGACUCUCAUGAUGUUGAGCGACUACGCCAGGCUGACUGAGCAGCAGUACAGGAUCAUCAACAUUUACAUCUACCCCUUUGCCCACUGGCUGGCCUUCUUCAACAGCAGCGUCAACCCCAUCAUCUACGGUUUCUUCAAUGAGAAUUUCCGCAGAGGCUUUCAAGCCGUGUUCAAGUUCAGCCUGUGCACAGCCGACGGCCAGCGGAGGAAAACCUACUCGCACAGGCUGCAGGGAAACUCUGUCCUCCCUGCGAAUAAUGCACAGACCUGCCUGGAACCCAUCUCUCUCAACAGCUUGGAAAAGAACUCGUCCAGGCGACUCAACCACGUCACCGAGCAGGAUUUGGUCAUGGAGGACCUGGAAAAGGCAUCUUGCAGUAGUGGGGGUGUGACUGCAGUGUCUAUUUGAGGACGCACACACACACACUUUGUUGUAGGUGGUGAGGAAAGAUAUUUGAAUCUUAAAUCAUGCUGUGCUGUGCCUAAGAAAACCACGAGGCUCCCUUAAAUAGAUUUUACAAGCGGAUGGUGAGCUGGAAAAUUUCCAAGAUUUCAAUACAAUACAAGAUUUCAAGGCAAGAAAAUAAAUAAAAAUAAUAAAUACACAUCUUUAAGUGACUAGUGUUAAGGGGAACACAGCCUUUGGUUGAAAUCUUAUCACUUCAGAUGCACACGAUGUGACACACGUGCUGGUUUGUAGCCAUCAAGGACAGGACUUAAUAUUCCUGCUGUUCAUUGCAGAAUGGUCAGUUAGACUUGUCGAUAUUACUUUGAUAACAGGCUGCUGCCUUGCACACUUGACAUACAGAUGCUGUCAAAUUAAAGGGAAAAAAAGCAGCCAACAACAUCGUGUAAGAUUUCAGGUCCAAAGCUGUGAUGCAGGGAUGAGCGCCAUCCUUUCAAAAUGCAUUUCUAGUCUUUUAAUGAUUCAUAACUUUUUAAGGAGCCCCUGUCAAACUUGAAGAAACCACCCUGAUCACGACAGAAACGUUUCAUUAUAGGAUACAAAAAUAGACGUAAAAUCUGAUAGCAAAAUGUCCCUGAAAGCAUAAGAGAGCCCCCAGAUCCCUUCACAGUAAUGCUCAAGUGUUCUGGUGUUCCUUUAAUCUUUAAUCUGCACCACAUAAAAUUUCUAUGUAUAAAUGUAUAAAGAUGCAUCAAACAUGACAGCAUGACACUUGCAGAGAAGAUUUCAAGAUUCAUGUAUACAAAUAAAAUUUCUGCUCACAUGUCUUUGUAGUGUGGCAAACUAUACAAACAAAACUUCUCCCAACAUUUGUCUCGUAUUAUUCACUGCUGCUGCUGCUGCUGCUGAAACUUUAAGCAACUUUCAGAUCACGAGGAGAAAUCCCACGUUGUGUGGUUUGUGUCGCCUAACUGCUUUAUUAAGUCAAACAACAUACACAAGAUAUAAAAGUCAAAGGGCUCAAAUGAGGAAUAAAGGAGUUGAGAAAAGAAGUGGAGGUUGAUGUAGCAAUUAUUAGCAAGUAUUAGUCAUCACGAUCUUUUAUAUUCACAGAUGCAUUAAUACAUGAGAACAGUUCUUUUUGUUUUCUUUUUUUUUUAAAAAGCGAGGCAUGUUUUUAUGCUCUGCUAUCACAGCCACAGCAUGUCACACUCACUUCAGAGAUCAACUAACAAGUAAUUUCAGUAAAUAUGAAAUCUUUUUGUAUGAUUCCUAUGCCAUUAAUCUAGAGGCUUACAACGAGCUUUUUUGUAACCCAGUUUGUAGCUGCUCCUGUAAAAAUGGUCCAGAAAGGUGACAUCUUUACACUAAGAAAGGCAAGUUUGUGUGAAUCAACUCAAAGGAAAAAAAAGUAGUAGUAGUAGUAGCAGGAACAAUCACCCUUUGUUAUGAAAGUAGCCAUAAUUAAGCAGUUUUUGAUCUAACAUGCAUAUGGAGACACAAACGGUCUUUAGGCGUAGCUACGGAUGGUUGUCUGUCUUUCUGUGUCAGCCCUGCAAUUAACCUGUCCAGGGUCGCCUACUAUAUCCUCUAUGACAGUCGGAUAAGCAGCUAAGAAAACGGAUGGCCUUCUUUGAAACAGAGUAACGCCAAAACCACAAAGAAAUACAGAAAAAAAACCUGUUUGUGCAAAAGUGAUAAUUAAAGGUUGUAAAACUUAAAAAGGAAGGUUUCAACUUGAUUUUGAUUAAAGUCCAGCAGCAGAGCGAGCACACCAGUAGUUAGGAGUGUUUGCUGCGAGUUCUGAUAUUCAUCAAGAUUUUUCUCAGAGACACUGGAGAUGGACAAAGAGGCUUAGGUUUGAGAGCCCUGCUAUAGAGAUUGAAUUAAAAAUGAUAAACAUGUACUUUGCUUAUGAUAACUAAAAUAAUGUCACAUAAUAAAUGUGCUAAUGAUCUGUUGACAUUAAAACAUUAGAAUCAUUAUUUGUGAAGAUGUUGCUUUGAACUGAAGAUAGUUUGUGUCUUUUUAUUGACAGAACAGACAUUAAGCAGGAAAGAUGAUACUUGCCAAUAGAUAUUCUGCAGGUGACACAUUUACUUGUUUUUUUAUUUGGGCAUAAAGCCCUAUAGAUGGCAAAGAGAUGAAAGCUAUGAUUAUCCAUUUACAAAAUUUUCAUUCAGAAUUUUACCCUAAAAUCUGCUCUGUAAACGUCCACACAUCAAUGUGCAAUUAUGCGCAUUAUUUAUACAGAAAUCUUCAAUGAGCCCUUUAUGAAUGUGCCAUGUAAACACCACAUCAAAUCUGUUCCUGUCAUUUUAUUUGAUUUUUUAAAAUCUCUCUUUGAACCCUGUUGUGCUGUCGUCACAAUGUAAAUAUGAUCCAAUGAAUGACUUCAGUCGCUUUUUGUACUAAAUGUCCUUUUUCAAGCAAUUUUGAAAAUAUUCAUAGAAAAGAUUAUAAAUCACAGAAAAAGUAAAGCUGUAAUCAACAAAAACAUCAUGAUUUUACAUUAUUUACAUUAUAUACUCUGGCAGCUGUGAGAUCUAAACUAGAACAACUUCAAGGGGUACCUCGGUAAAUACACAACACAUUCAGAUUGCCAACACUUAAAUGCUUUGGUCUUGUUGACAUCUUUAUAUAAUGUCGAUUUAUACAAAGGUUAAAAUUUAACAUUGCUUUAUAUAGUUUACCCUUUCAGUAAGCAUCAUAUCUCGUGUUUGCAUCUCUCUCCUGCUACAAAACCCCUCAAGUAAGCCUGAACAGUGCAGCAAAGGCUGACCAAGCCAGUCAUCACUAAAUAAAAUCACCCAGAAACUCGACUGAUUUUAGUAGCUGCUUUUGGCAAAACCACCGCGGGGGUAAAAUAGAAUGUGGGAAGGCAAAUAGUUACUGCAAAUAGCAUCAGAGCAACUUCAUAUCAGGCUGUAAUGAGUUUGCGUACAGUUGGAGUUUACAAUGACUUGCAGUCAGUGAUCCAUUUUGAAAACACUGUCAGCGUUCUCUAACGAUGAAUGCCUGCAGUGAAAUGUGCAGGACAGCUGCUUUUAGGGACAAGGCAGUCACCCAAGAAGUCAUGAACCCGCUAAGCCGAAUCACUAAUACAGCUCAGUGCAGCUGAAUCACGUAUGCAUGCUGAGACUGCAAGAAAAAAAAAAUUCUACAUCCCGAAAUGAAAAGAAUACCACUACAUCCAGGAUAAGGCAUGUGGUGUCAGUUAAGGUAGACAUUAUUGACCUCUCAGAUAAAACAUGUUCACAGUCCAAUAAUUUCCAAGUUUUAGAUGCAAAUUUCAGCCAGAUUUCUACUGCUGAGUCUUUACAGUUGGCACAGAUAUAUACACACUGAUAAUAUGCCAUGUAAUGCGAUACAAUUCAGUUUUAAAGUUAAGCUCUACAACCUAAAAUUUCUUCAUAUCGCUCCAACCUUUAGCUUUAGUGUGAAUAUGUCAUGUUUUAAAAAAACCAAACAUCAAAUUAUUGCAAAAUCAGCAGAAGCCUUUCAGCACAGCAGGUUGUAGCUCUUUGCCUGCUGUGAGUAAGUGCACAGUGAUCACUGCCGUCCCAGAGGGGAAUAAAUGGAUCAGCUAAUGCUAAAAAACUCUGACACUUCUCACAGGCAGGCAAACUUACUCUUGACAAGUUGUCCACAUCAACCAGUUCAGUAAACGGAUAUCCACGUGCACGUAGAAACUAACUGAACUUCUAAGAGACAAAGACAUUUAGUUUCCCUGCAGUUGACCGGUGCGCGGUCUCAGCAGGAUGAAUGAAUGAAUAAAUGCAAGGCUCAGAGGUGACAUCCACCCGCCACUUUUUUGUGUGCACUGGGCACAAUGUACUGGACUCGAUGUCAUCAAUUAUUGCUAUAUGAGAGUCAUUGUCCCAAAACAUUAAGUUUUCAAAGAUUAGAUGAAGACCAAGUCUCUGUCUUGUUUAGAAAUAUCAAAAACAAACUGCCAUCUUUACACUGUUUUAUUAUGGUGCCAGAAAUGGUUUCCAGGCAUUUUAUAACUCCCGCUAACCUUUACACUGCAGUCACACCCUUGGUCUUUGUGGUCAUAACGAAUUCUGCCAUUUAAUGUAACUGCUAACAACAUAACCGCUGACCUUGACAUGUCUGGUGAAGAGGGUGCAUGUCUCCCUUUAGACUAUAUCCGUAUGAUAGUUGACACAUGUAUUAACAAGGAUCCUUUGUAACCCUGAUUUGACCCGACCCCAAGCAGCCUGCUCACAUGUCUUCACUUCGUACUGCUACUCAAAUUCAACUUUGUGCCAUAUCGAUUAUACAUGCCAAAAGAAUUCAUAAUUCACUGUGGAGAGAAAUAAACAAAUGCAGUGCGAAUGUGGGCAAAGAAACAUAUACUCAGUAUAGCUGAGUGUUUUUUAAGUUAGAGCAUUGGGUGCCACUGGUCCUUUAAUCAAAUCAGUACUUCAAAUAUGAAUUCUCAUGAAAUAAUAAUAAAAUUUACAGUACUGUGCAAAAGUCUUGAGCCACCACUCAUUUCUUCAUAUUUUGCUGGGGAAACCGGUGCAGGGAUUUAUGGACAGCAUAAACUGAAAUACAGUGUAUAAGGCAAGCUUUAAAGUCACCUUUAUUCUUGUUAUUUCUUUAAGUAGUCUUCAGGAAUAGUUCUCCAGGCUCCCGGAAGGACAUUCAAAGCUCUUUUCUGAAUGUUUCUGCCUUUUAUUCCGGUCUCCGUCAAGACGUUCCCACUCUGCUUUAAUAUAUUGUUCCAGUGUGCGUUUUUCUAUCCAGGUAUGCUUUUACUGCAUAGACACUGUGUUUGGGAUCACUGUCAUGCUGAAAAAUGUAGGAGUUGCCAGUCCACGUGCUUUUCAGAUGGUGGUUCAAAAUCUGAUGGUAAUUUUCCGUGCUCGUAAUUCAUCAAUUCUGAGAAGAUCUCCAACACCACUGCUUGAAAUGCAGCCUCAAACAUGACAGCGCUCCUGAUGGCUAUAAACCAUCACUGUUAUACCGUUUAGGUUUAGGUUCAUCACGCCAUCAGACCUGUUGCCACUGAAUCGUGUGUGAUUUCUCUUACCUCAGCCUUUUCCCACUGUUUCCCUUCAAAAAUGGCUUCCUGGCAGCCAACGUGUCCACUGACACCAUUUGUGAUGAGACUAGUGAACAGUUUAUGGAUGGAGGGCCAGAUGGAUCUCAAGUCCUGAAGAGAUGCAUCUCUUUCUUAAGGACCUGACUUUUAGAUACUGUUCAGCUGCUGCAGAUAUUUCAUCCCUCGAGUAAAGUGCAGUUUUUACACUUAAUACUGACCUAUGAGUCAUUCAAGUGACUGAACAAAACAACAAAAGUAUUGCUCUAAAAAUAAUCAGAGGAUUGAAAUGAGUGAAAAAGCAGUCAAUGUCCAAAGAAAAACUUUGAAAGACCUUCAGAAAGCCUGGAGAAGUUUUGCUCAAGACCCCUUUAAAAGAAUGAGAAGAAAAUCUGGCUACUGGAAGCAAAAAUAAAGAACUGAGGAGUGGCUCAAGACCGCUUAAAAUUCAAGUUAAGACUGGGAAAUCUGGGCACUUACGAGAUCUAAACUUGGAUCCAAAGUGCACGUAGCAAAUCCAGCCUCUCUUAUCCAAACUUACUUUAGCAAGCCACAGCAUGGAUACAUCACAGCCACAACAAGGUUGUUUUUUUUUAAUAUUAAUGCUAAUAUAAUGAACAAGUUUCGCUGCAGAGUCCAAAUUACACAUUUUAUAGCACCAUUCCUGGUUCCUGGUUUAACUUCUUAAACAAACAAACAAAAAUACCUGCAGAAAAAUAAACACUGUAAAUAUUAAAUGAACAAAACCAAGAUUCAGAUCAUGCAUUUGGUGACACUUUAUAAUUUCAGCACUUUUGAUAAUUAAUACUAAGACAUCAGACAAUGCUCAUAUAUUUUGUUUUUCAGCUUCAAAGUACCAGUUGUACCAUUAGUUAAGCCAAAAAUAGAUAUUCGUUCCAAAUUUUGGUGCGUUUCUCAUUUUGUUAUGUAGCUGUUACGCUCUGAUUCAAGCAGUGAGCUGUUUUGAUUUUCCUCCUGCCAAAGACGUCAGGGUUAUCAACAAUAACUUAAACAUGACAACACUGCUGAACUACACAACACUCCAGCAAACACAUUUAGCACAAACGUGUGUGAAGGUCCAGUUUUGAAUGUAAUGAAUUUGUACUUUUUGGUGCCUGUGGUGAAAUUUUUUUUUAUCACGUUGGGAUGAAUUACUGUGAAAUACUUUUUGUGAUCUCAAGACUCUUGGUACCUUUGUGUAGCUUGCAUGUGACUAUUUUGUGUAGUAGCAUGUGUGUUCUUUUGUGUUUGCACCUACAUGUUCUUAAAUAUUGUUUAUUUAAUGGGACACAAAUGUGGACUUUUUUUAAUAGAAUGGAGAUUGUAGGUUUUUACUGAAAGCGAGGAAGCGAACGGUGUCCUAUUUUAAAUUGUGAAGGGCUAUUCAUCAGAUUAUCUAUUACCUCUGUGAUUGUCAGCACAAAAUAUAGGCAAGGUUUAUAAUCAAGUUUCUAAUGAAAUGUCUUAAUGCCUCUAAUUCAUGCCACUAGUGGUAAAAUAACAAUUUCUUGACACGUUUCUUGUAAUUUGUUAUAUAUUAGGGAGACCAGAAGGUUAAUUACCAGAUUUAAACAGAUGUGCCUCUGAAAAAAGCCUGAUGACAUUAAAACAGACAGACCUACGACAAAUCUUAGACACUUUAUUGGGUACACCUGUUCAGCUUGUUAACAGCAAUAUCGAAGCAUCCAGGUGCGCAGACAUGUUCGGAGUGACCACCUGAAGGUUGUUGGUGCCAGAUGGGCUGGUCUAUUUCAAAAACACCCCCCCCCCCCCCCCCCGAUUUUCCCCACAAACCAUUUCUACGGUUUACAGAGAACCUGGAAGCAGAUGGGCUACAGAAACAGAAGACCACAGUAGGUGCCACUUCUGUCAGCUGAGAACAGGAGACCCAGGCUACAAACUCACACAGACUCACCAAUAUUAGACAAAAGAAUAUCAUUACAAAAACAAACAUUGCCUGGUCUGAUGAGUCUGGUUCUCUGUAGUAAUAUUAAGACUGAUCCAUCCAUCCAUCUUCUUCUGCUUCUCCGGGGCAGCAGACUAAGCAGAAAACCCCAGACCUCUCUCUCCCCGGCCACCUCCUCCAGCUUGUACGGUGGAACACCAAGGCGUUCCCAGGCCAGCCUUGGGGGGUCUGCCCCAGGGUCUCCUCCCGGUGGGACAUGCCCAGAACACCUCACCCACGAGGUGCCCAGGAGGCAUCCUUAUCAGACCUGAACCGCAGCGGCUCUAAUCUGAGCCCCUCCCGGAUGGCUGAACUUCUCACCCUAUCUCUAAGGG